AUGUUUUAUAUAAUAUUAAUUUUAAGUGCAAUAAGUGUGGUUAAAUCUGAUCCAUAUGAAUUAAAUAUUGUACAUUAUAAUGAUUUUCAUGCGAGGUUCGUAGAAAUAAGUCCCUCUGGAGGUGUUUGUAAUCCAGCUGUAGCACCAUGCAUUGGAGGUUUCGCUCGUUUAGCUACGCUCAUACGACAAAUUGUGGCUAGGGAACCGCAUUCUUUAGUUCUAAAUGGGGGUGACACUUUCCAAGGGACGAUAUGGUACAAUUUAUUGAGGUGGAACGUGACGCAGGAUUUCAUGAAUAUGGUGUAUCAUGAUGCCCAUGUACUAGGCAAUCAUGAAUUCGAUCAUGGAAUUGAAGGGGUAGUCCCAUAUCUACAACAUCUGCAACACGAAGUCGUUACUGCUAAUAUUAUCGAUGAUGAAGAACCGACCAUCCAAGGUUUAUACAAACCUAGUAUUGUUGUAACGAAAAAUGGAAGACGUAUUGGUAUUAUUGGUGUUAUUAUAGCAACUACUAAUGAACUAGCUUCACCUGGGAAAUUGAAGUUUACCGAUGAAAUUGAAGCUGUGAAGACAGAAGCCGAGAAGUUAAAUCAGCAAGGCGUUGAUAUUAUUGUAGUUCUCUCACAUUGCGGUCUUGAUAUUGAACGGGAGAUAGCUCUACAUGGUGGUCCAUAUAUUGACAUAGUUGUGGGGGGACACAGUCACACUUUCCUGUAUAAUGGAGAUCCACCAGUCGACACAACAUUUAGAGUUCAAGGACCCUACCCGAUAGUCGUAGAAAAAGAAUCAGGGCCUGUUUUGAUAGUACAAGCAGCUGCACACACGGAAUUUUUAGGAGAAAUUAAACUAUUUUUCGAUGAUGCUGGACACCUUUUGAAUUGGACGGGUAAUCCUCAUUAUAUUGGACAUGAUAUUGAGCAAGCACCCGACGUAAUAGAAAAAAUCAAUCUGUAUUUACCAGAAAUUGAUGCUUUGGCCAAAAGGAAAAUAGGCGAGAGCAGAGUUCAUUUAUCUUCAAGAUGUAACUGCGGUGAAUGCAACUUAGGUAAUCUUAUAUGUGACGCCUUUUUACACGCUGCUUUAAAGCGAGCUGAAGGAAAUAAUUGGAAUUAUGGACACUUUUGUGGUACAAAUACUGGAGGAAUCCGAAGCGAUAUAGAAGCAGGAGAUAUAACAUACGAAGGGAUGUUAUUAGCUCUGCCCUUUGAUAACACAGUAGAAGCAUUUGACUUACGCGGUGACCACGUGCUGGAAAUGCUGGAGUUUAGUGUUGCCAAUGACCCCUGGCCGGGUGCUAGGACUUUGCAGCUGGCAGGCAUACGUAUACAAGUGGACGGUUCUCGCCCCAAAUAUGACCGAGUUCAAAACGUAACCAUCCGUUGCAUUGAUUGUGAAGUGCCGAGAUAUGAACCGUUGGAUUUGACCAAAACUUACAAGAUGGUUACUCAGAGUUUCUUGAUGAAUGGGGGUGACGGAUUUAACAUGGUGUCAAACAACAGAGGACCUAGUGUUACACUGGGGAUCGAUAGUGAUGUUUUCCUCGCUUAUCUCGAAAGGGAUAUGCCAGUCAUAAGGGAUUUAGAUGGACGUCUGCAAAUCAAGGAUCCUUGUCUUCCUAAUUAA